UAAUUGCCGUUUUGGAAAUUUAUCCUGUUUUUAAACCGGACUGCAUCGGCAAAAUGCCUGCUCCAGCUCCAGAACCGUGGGACUACAUCCCGGAAGAAAUCCUCAUCCAGAUUUUCUGUUAUCUUCCUGUUCGCGAUAGAUACGCAGUCUUCCAGGUGUGCAGACAGUGGGCUGCAGCUGUUGCUUCCAGCUCUGUUUGGCAUUUCACAGAGAUCAGCUGUGAUUCAGAGGAAGAGGAAGGCAUGCUGCAGAGCCUGCUCCAGUUCCUCAGCCAAAUCAAACACCUGAAGAUUGUGUUUGACCAGUCCAAGGAGGUCAACCGGAAGAAUGUGACACGUAUCUUGGAUGUGUUGGCAAAACGGAACCACAAACUGCAGCAGCUGUGCAUUGUGUGCCACGGGGAGAACCCCUAUUUCUACUCUGGCCAGGACAUCCUGCAGAGCAUACGGAAUAUAUGUAACGCCAAAAACCAGAUAGACCUUCAGCAUAUUGAUUUUCGAAAAAUGCCCUUCACUCUCGAUGAUGAGCUUGUGGAACUCUUAGCUACCACCAACCCCAACUUGCACACUUUGUUCAUCAACAACCGCACCCUGGUAUGCAACGUGGCACCAGACACCGUCAGGAAAGUUCUCAGAGCAUGCCCCAAACUCUCAGCCUUGGGGGUUUACUAUGCCAGUUUGUCUGACGAUGUAUUUCGAGAACUGCUCAAGCCUGAAAGAACACCUUUCAUCCAUUUAGACAUUUUCUGUGAGCGCCUGGACAAAUAUAUACCAGUCAUCUCAGAAGAGCUCUGGGCUGCUGUAAGUAGAAAGCAUCCUCAACUCUGUGUAGACCUAGAGUUUGAUCAUACGGUCCCUGCCUGCAAAAUACCACGGAUCCUAAAGCUGAACAUACCUGUGAGCACGCUGCAACUGAAUACCUAUAAUUACAUGGUAAAUCAGAUUAGGUUUGUCACCCAGAGCUACAGCAGUACCUUAAAGAAGCUGACGCUGCAAACCACGUCCUCGGAGGACUUAAAUUCCUCGCUAGUAGAUCUGGCCAGGCAGUGCAGAAAUCUGUUGGAGAUCCACUGCUACUGUGUGGUCAGCCAGGAGGUGGUAGAAGCGUUCCUCACGCACUGCCCCAGUCUGAAACAAUACACUCUGAAGGUCACCAAGGAACGGCACCCCUGGAAACCAGUAAGAGUUCCGUGACC